CGCGCGCCCGGCUGGGGGCGGAGGGCGGAGGCCCGCGGGUCGGAACAGCCGCGGCGAGCGGCGGCGGAGGGAACCGAGGCGGCGACGAGCCUGGGGGUCGCGACUUGCAGCGGCGGCGGCAUCGGCGACGGCGGGCCCGGAGGCGGGCGGAGAGCCGGGGCGCGAUGGAGCGGAAGAGGUGGGAGUGCCCGGCGCUCCCGCAGGGCUGGGAAAGGGAAGAAGUGCCCAGGAGGUCGGGGCUGUCGGCCGGCCACAGGGAUGUCUUUUACUAUAGCCCCAGCGGGAAGAAGUUCCGCAGCAAGCCACAGCUGGCACGUUACCUGGGCGGCUCUAUGGACCUCAGCACCUUCGACUUCCGCACGGGGAAAAUGCUGAUGAAUAAGAUGAAUAAGAGCCGCCAGCGCGUGCGCUAUGACUCCUCCAACCAGGUCAAGGCUCUGGCUAAACGCCUCCCUGCCCCCUCCAACCCUCCAUGGACCCUGGUCGGAGCGGCCCGCUGCAGAGUCUUCUCCCCCCAGGGCAAGCCUGACCUGAACACCGCACUGCCUGUACGGCAGACUGCAUCCAUCUUCAAGCAACCGGUGACAAAGAUCACCAACCACCCCAGCAACAAGGUGAAGAGCGACCCACAGAAGGCGGUGGACCAGCCGAGGCAGCUGUUCUGGGAGAAGAAACUGAGUGGCUUGAGCGCCUUCGACAUCGCCGAGGAGCUUGUCCGAACCAUGGACCUGCCCAAGGGCCUGCAGGGGGUGGGCCCAGGAUGCACAGAUGAAACGCUGCUGUCUGCCAUCGCCAGUGCCCUGCACACCAGCACUCUGCCCAUCACAGGCCAGCUCUCUGCAGCCGUGGAGAAGAAUCCUGGUGUGUGGCUGAACACUGCGCAGCCACUGUGCAAAGCUUUCAUGGUGACUGAUGACGACAUCAGGAAGCAGGAGGAGCUGGUGCAGCAGGUACGCAAACGCCUGGAGGAGGCGCUGAUGGCCGACAUGCUGGCCCACGUGGAGGAGCUGGCCCGUGACGGGGACGUACCGCUGGACAAGGCCUGCACCGAGGACGACGAAGAUGAAGAUGAGGAAGAUGACGAACCAGAGCCUGAGCGUGUCUAGCGCAGAUGUCCUGGCCAAGUUCCGGUUGCAGACUGCCUCGCAUGGCCACCUGCAGACUUCCGUCAGCCUUGCCUGGACUUGGUGGAGGCCAAGCCAGCAGGCGGCAAGCCUCCAUCUUCUUCCCAGGGCCUUUUCCAGCUGCCGGGUCUCAGUGCAGGGAGCCCACUGUGGGCCUUGGACUCAUUUGCCCCUGCGCUUCCUGGUGAUAAACCCCACACUGAAAACUGAAGGUCGGAGUCCCACUUGGGAGGUGGCCUCAUCGUUACCUUCCUGCCUCCUCACCAUAGGAACAGGCCCUGCUUGGCACCAAGGACACCAAGGAGCUACAAGCUUUGUUGGGCACUGGAGGGAGGUUUUGGUUCCUGCCUUUUAGUGUCGGGCCAGGGUCUAGGCUGCUGCCAGUCUCGGGUUGCUCAGCCUCCCCAAGCUGAGGGCCAGCAAGCAGCCAGGAACUCGGUUUCCUUCAAUAAAGCUAUGGUAGGAACUUCUCA